AAGCCGGGCGGGGGGCGCGGGGCGGGCGGCGGCAUGGCGGGCAGGCGGCAGUGGCUGUGCGGGACUCGCAGGCGGCUGAAGCCGCUGCGGACGGUGGUGGCGUGGAGGGGCAGGGCGGAGUGGGACCAGGUGAUGGUGGGGCUGUACUGCGGGGACGGCCGGCUGCAGCAGGAGGCGCUGGAUCGGGUCUCGGCCUGGAAGAGCCGGUAUGGCCCCAAAAUGCCUCUUGCAGUGGAUUGUACUGCCGAACUGAUUCGUUGCAAGGUUCUGGAUUCAUCUGGCAGACUGAGGUCACACGAGCUCAUCCUGUCCUAUGGUCUGGCCCUUGUAAGAUUUGUCAACUUGAUCACAGAAAGGAAACAGAAAAUGGUCAGCAUUCCACUGAGACAAUUAGCCAUAGAGGUGGAUAUCCCCAUCUGGGUCGUGGAUCUCCGCCAUGAGCUGACCCACGGGAAGCUGCCCCACCUGGCUCUGUGCCGCAAGGGUUGUGAUGUUGUGCUGGACUGGCUACGAAAGACAUAUUGGAGCCGUCAGUUGGGCAAUAAUUUGUGUGAAGAAAGUGAGGAGGAGGAGGAGGAGGAGGAAGAGGAACAGGAAGCGAUGGAAGCAAACACAGAAUUGGACAAUGACACAUGGGAGGUUCAAACCCCACAGCAUGAGGCCUGUCAGAAGCACAAGGAAUUCCAUGAAAAAGUCAGAGAUGUGCUGAUAUCCUACAAAGAUGAGCAAUUUCGGGUUAUGCAGACAGUCCAGUCUGUUUCGAAGUCUCGAGAAUUGUGGACUAAUUCUUCUUCAGAGGUGGACUGGAUUUUGGCUCAGAUCAAAGACUUGAUGCAAGAGAACAGGGAGACAGUGGCUGAAGUUCUUCUCGGUGAUGGUUUUCUCAUCCCAACAGUCGAUUGUCUGAAGAUGUUAAAUAUCAAGUAUGAAGCAAAUAAGGAGGUAUGGCAAUUCAGAAUUCCUCAGACGUUUUACUGCUUCUGGCAGCCCUUGCUGACAGGCCUCCUUUCCCGAAGUUUUACACAGACCCUAAUAGACAAAAUGUUUAUGAAGUUAAAGGAAUGUUCUGACUCUUCAGAACUCCGUCCUCAGUUCCUGAUCAACUGGAUUUCUGAGAUGCUGACUAGCAUUGCCAGAGUAAACAGUGGGAAGAAAAGACGCCGCUGUAACAAACGGGUGUAUGUGAAGGAGCUGUUCCUUCAAAAAGUUCCUUUGCAGUGGAUAAGACUAACUGAAAAUUGCUUGGAAGCUCCCUGCUGGGCAACCCCACACCUUCUUCAGCUGAUCCUCACAAGCAUGAGACCUCGUUUGCCACGUUCUUCACGGAAGAACCUUCUCUAUCUCACAUCCAUUUACACGGAAGGAGGUGGUCCAUUGUCCAGCCCAGGCCUCUUGUCAAACUACAGUGAACAGCCAAUUUACACUAUAGAGAGCUUACAGUGGAGGGCGAGGCAAGAAAAUCAGGUUAAAAAUGAAGGGCAGGCUGCAGAGAAUCAAGAAGAUGUGCUGGAGAAAGAUGAUGGUUUAGAGGAAGUAGAGGAGGAGGAAGAAGAGAUGGUAACUGAAACAAAUCAUUUGGAAGGACUUGCUCAUUCUGAUAACGUGGUGGCUAUUGCUGAGAAAAAGGCAGCACUGCAAGGGUCUGCAUGGCAGAUCACUGCAGAUGAAAUACAAUGGAAAGACUUUCCUCUUGGGAAACUCCCAGGUCAGACAGAUGACCCUGAUGGUCUCAUGUUGGAUAGUUAUUCCAUGAUGUCUCUGCUUGAUCAGCCAGUGAGAGAUGAGUGGAAGUCUCCCAAUACAAACUCUGCAGAAUUGAAUAUUCCUGUGACAGGAGGAUUGCUAUGGACCCAGAAUGACUUCCAUAAAAUAAAAAGUGGCCUUCAGCUUUUCUAAGACAGCAAAGUGCUCUGCAGCUUUCAGCAUUGCACAAGAUAAGUGACAUAGAGGAACUAGUAAUGGUGAUAUGGAAAUAGCCACUCCAGGAUUAUUUUUUUUUUCAUGAGGACUUAGUACUUUUUACCAUGUAAAAUCAGUAUUUUAUCAAAGUGUUAUAAGUUCCGUGUAUAGUAGCUAUUGUCUGCUUAACCACUGUCAUGAACUUCUAGCUCUAGUUGAUGUUUAUGAAAUACAGUUAGUAUACUUUGGAAUCCCUCAGUAUUGCUUAAAUUUUUUUUGUGGUUAAUAAAUGUCACCAACUGAAGGCAAAC